GACCUCUCUGAGUGAAAGUUAUAGAUAUAAAUUAUAAGAAAUAGAUAGAUCUAAUUUAUUCACUGGAAAAUACUUUUCCAUUUCAUCACAUCUCAAGGGGCACAUUCUAAAUUGUACCAUCCAUUAAAAAUAGCGCACAAUUGAUAAGGUUAUGACACUUUUACCAAACUUAUAACAUUUUGCGUUAUCUUUCUUGGAAAUAGAAAGCCCAUUUUCACAAGAGUCAUGUACAGUUGUCCAGAUAUUCCAAAGAACCGUAGAAGUACGUCAGAGUUCCUUCUUCUGUGUCUUUGUUUAGUUUACUGUGCUUUUAUUUUGAAACGGUUUAGAACCGCCACCGGAAGUUAGAUUCUCGUUUGAGCAAGUUGUGUUGUGGAGCGUGGAGGGAAAUGUAAUUUUUUAAAUUGCAUGCAGUAAAUUGUUGUAUUCAACUGGAUUAAAAAUAUUAUCAGGUUAAAAGAGCGCUUUGUCGGUAGCAUAUACAAACGACGAAAUGAGUAACAUAUACAUCCAGGAGCCACCGACAAACGGCAAGGUAUUGCUGAAGACAUCAGCUGGUGACAUUGACAUUGAGCUGUGGUCUAAAGAGGCACCAAAGGCAUGUCGAAACUUCGUUCAGCUCUGUAUGGAAGGUUACUAUGAUGGCACAAUAUUUCAUCGUGUGGUGCCAGAGUUUAUUGUUCAAGGGGGUGAUCCCACAGGCACAGGGACCGGUGGGGAGUCUGUGUAUGGACGUCCAUUCAAGGAUGAGUUCCACUCCAGAUUGCGCUUCAACAGGAGAGGUUUGGUUGCCAUGGCAAAUGCAGGGCCUCACGAUAAUGGCAGCCAAUUUUUCUUCACUCUUGGGCGCGCAGAUGAACUCAAUAACAAGCAUACUAUUUUUGGAAAGGUCACUGGUGAUACCGUGUACAACAUGCUCAGGUUAGCAGAAGUAGAAUGUGACAGCGAUGAAAGACCUCUGAAUCCACACAAGAUCCGAUCCGCCGAGGUUCUGCAUUCUCCGUUUGAUGACAUUGUUCCAAGGGAAAUCAAAAAAGCCAAAAAAGACAAAGAUAAGGAAGAGGGAAAGAAAUCACAGUCCAAAGCAACAAAGAACUUCAGCCUGCUGUCUUUUGGAGAGGAGGCGGAAGAGGAGGAGGAGAUGGUGAAUAAAGUUAGUCAGACCAUGAAAGGCAAAAGCAAAAGCAGCCAUGAUUUACUGAAGGAUGACCCCAGGUUAAGCUCCAUCCCUGCCAUAGACAGGAAAAAGUCCAAACGAGACGCUGGGGAUUCAUCAGGGGGUUUGGAUGAGGAUGACGAAGGAGACUUUGAAGUUGACGAAGACGAUGCUGAAGACAGGGAGGAGAUGAGGCAGCGCAUCUCAGACAAGCUGAAGAAAGACAAAGUGGAGGAGAGCAAGGCAGAGCCGCUGGAGGAGGAGAGAGGACGGAAGGCGAGUCGCAGCGAUGAACUGCGCAAGGAGGCUCGACAGCUAAAGAAGGACCUCCUGGCCAUAAAGCAAAGGAGGGAGGACAAUGCCAGGGCACAGGAGGAGGAAGAGAGCAAAGAAGAUGAAAAAAUGGCCCCGAACCAGGCGGUGGCGGAGUACUUGGAGGAGAGGGAGAAGUACGUGGCGCUGCGGAAAGAGAAGCUGAAGAAGGGAUCCUCCAGGGAAGCGCAAACAAUGGCCCUCCUGGAUCGCUUCAAGUCCAAGCUUUCCACGGCCAUUACAGAGACCCCGGAAGGUGCGGAGGAGGACGUGGAGGACCUUGGAGAGGAUGAGGACAAGGGCUGGAUGGCCCACGUUCUGCAGUUUGAUGAGCAAACCAGGAAAGUGAAGGACGCCAACGUGCAGGACGAGGACACCUUCGAGAUCUACGACCCACGCAACCCUGUCAACAAGAGGCGGAGAGAGGAGAGCAAGAAGAUGAUGAAGGAGAAGAAGGCCAAAAGGUGAGGCGGGGUCAAGGUUCACUAAAAAUCCCGCCUCCUGGACUGUUCCUGCAUUCAUCCGGCUUUCUCUUCUCACAGAUAACAGACUGAGUUCAAGGAAGUGUUCCGGAACACCGCGGAAUACUGAGUUUUCACUCUCCCCUGCCCCCCAAAUUUGCGAACUGAACUUUUAGGCCCUUUAUGGAAUACUGUGAACAACAUCGGGCAAUAUCCAAAUGAUAUUGCUGGCUUCUGUUUGUAACCAACCGAAGAACUGUAAGCUAGCAUUUAACUGUACUGCUGUUGCCUUACUCUCGCGCAAAUGGAGCGUUCCCUUUACUGCUUUCCACCAAUGAGGUCGAGUGUUAAAAUGAGGCAGAAAUUCGACCGGAAUACUGGCCAACAGUACCUAUGCAACUUUCCCAUUUCCGCUGUGUGCAUUUAACAUAAGUAUUGUGCGUGCGUGCGUGCGUGCGUGCCUGCGUGCGUGCGUGAAUUUCUAAUGUGUAAUGCCUGCUUACAGCGUGAAACUAAACCUACAGUACUUUAAAUAUGCUCUGUAAGACAAAAUAACUAGCUUACAUAGCUUCUUCUACAGUGUGUAUUGUACAGUGUCUGUAACAGUAUUGACCUGAACUUGGCUAUGAAAACCAGAUUUGAUUGUAAUUCAUUGUAAGGACCUAAACACCAACCUUCAAAAUUCAUUUUACUCUUUUUUUCCCUGCAAUUGGUUACUUUUAGCAGCUAUUAUAGCUAUCACUAUUGCUGAAACAUCUCAAAAUAAAUGCCUGUCAUUCUCAAAUA